AUGUAUUUUCCAAGCCCAAAAUUCUCCAUCUUUCUCGUACUGAUCACAUUCACAAGUUUAGCUUUGGCGGUUGAUGAAUUGCCUUCAUGGAUGGACAAGAAUUUCCUCAACAAUUACGAGGUGCUCAAGAGCAACGCUGAUCUCGUUGUUGCAAAGGACGGUUCAGGUGACUUUCUGACAAUUAAGGAGGCGAUUGCAACAGCUCCCGAGAAGAGCCCCAAGCAAUUUGUUAUCUACAUAAAAGCAGGAGUAUACUCAGAGAUAAUAGAGAUUGGGGUUACAAAAACGCAUAUCACCUUAGUAGGAGAUGGCAGAGACUCGACCAUACUCACGGGAAGUCUUAACCAAAAAGACGGUGUUAAAACAUUCUUAUCUGCCACACUUGCCGUCGAUGGGGACGAUUUCAGGGCGCAAGAUCUCUGUGUUAAGAACACAGCCGGACCCGCAAAGGAGCAAGCGGUGGCUCUACGCGUGAGUGCUGAGAGAGUGGUCAUAUACCGGUGUAGGAUUGACGCUUAUCAAGACACCUUGUAUGCUUACAAGGGAAAGCAGUACUACCGCGAUACCUAUAUCACAGGAACAGUAGAUUUUAUCUUUGGACACGGACAAGCCGUAUUUCAGUACUGUGAGAUCGUAGCACGUAAGCCGAUUGGAGGACAGGCGAACAUGAUUACGGCACAAAACCGCGGCAACCAAGACCAAAAAUCGGCGUUCACAAUUCAGAGAUGCAACAUAACAGCAAGUGCCGAUCUUAUUCCUUUCAAGACAACAGUGAAGACCUAUUUGGGUCGUCCGUGGGGAGUUAUGGCGACUGUAGUUAUUAUGGAAUCAUUCAUCGACGAUCAUAUCGACCCUGCUGGAUGGUAUCCAUGGAAUGAAGACAAAGAGCGCCUCUCUACUCUAUACUACGGGGAGUAUAAUAACUAUGGCCCAAGAGCAAAUACAAGUCAACGUGUGAAGUGGAAAGGAUUUAGGGCAAUACAAGAUCCCAAGGAAGCUGCACGGUUUACAGUUGGUCAAUUGAUAGAUGGGGAGUUGUGGCUGAAUUCUACUGGAGUUCCGUAUGAAAGCGGUCUCUGA